GCCUAUCUUACCAAACAAAAAUGGCGGCCGACGAUGACUUCACCAAACUAUCUCCAACAACUCUUCAAAAAUUUGUCGACAAAAAAGUUACUAUAACAUUAAUUGAUGACAGAAGAAUAGUUGGAUGGGUUUAUACUAUAGAUCCUGUUACUUACUGUGUCGUAGUUGUGCCUGUGAAAGACGUUAUUUCAUCGAAAGAUGUAUUGAACAAAACCAGUUAUUCAGUGAUGUUUCUCAUGGGUGACGCUGUAAAUUCGAUCCACAUCGAUCAGGACGACCCACUUUUAGAAAAACCAAAUUUCAAAGAAACAUUCCAGCCUACGAACUCUAGAAUUUACUCCGAGGAUGAGCUGGUUCAAAGAAAAUCUAAACUCAAAGAAUGGUUGAAGAAGAAUCGGAUUCCAGUGGAAGGAACAGAUAAUGGUGUUUUAUGUGUUAUGGGAGUCCUGUGGAUUGAUUCGCCUUAUGAGGCCGACUGUUGUCGUUGCACUAAUGAAAUAGUUUUAAAUCGAGUACAGACACUAAUAAGAAAUUUACCUGAUGUGAGCUAGCUUAAAGAACAACAAGGAUAUAUCCAAUUAUUUUAAGAGGUGGUAAGAGGGGCUGGCACAUAGAUGGGGGGGAGGGGAUUGUGGAGAGGAGGACUCUGUGAUGUGAUGUUUGCUGUGAUACCACAUGCCAUUCCCUUGAGAAUUACUCCUUUGUUUUCAAUUAUCAAACAAGGUAAUAUGGAUAUAACUCAAUUUACAAAGAGGUUUCAAUUUAAAAAAAGAGGUUUCAGCUGUGAGGUUGUCGUUUGUACCAAGCCUCCCCCACUCACCACAGCUGGAAAUCAAGCCUAAUUUCAACUGAAAAAAAAGAGCAAGGCCAACUAUAGCUAUGAGAGCAAACAAUGGAAGUCAGUAGGGUAAAAGAGCUAUUAAAGAUAUUUUAUAGUCAUCUUUCA